GCACAGAGCAAACGGGCAGCAACGCGACAAGCCGCUGCAAGUGCGUCAAUCGAAGCAAACAGUCUGUUUGGCACAUAAGAGAGGUUUAGCAACGUCCAUAUUCGCGCCGCCCGCACCACCGACAGUCUCGACGAGGCCGAAAACAGCCACCAUGUCGGGUCUAUUUGGCUCUGCCGCGUCGAGCAACUCCAAUCCCACACAAGGCGACCUCAGCAAAGAUGUUCCAGUCGCCAACCCACCCGAAGACAGCAUCUCGGCGCUUCGAUUCAGUCCCGCAUCCGACCAUUUGUCAGUCGCGAGUUGGGACAAGAAAGUGCGCAUCUAUGAGAUCGAUGCGCAGGGACAGGGGAAGGGUGUGGCCAUGUUCGAGCACGAGGGACCAGUACUAGACACUUGCUGGAGCAAUGAUGGACAAAAGGUGUUCGCCGUCGGCGCUGACAAGGCAGCGCGCAUGUUGGACCUCGGUGCUGGCCAGACAUCAGGAGGAACACAAGUCGCCGCACACGAUCAACCCAUCAAGUGUGUAAAGGCGUUCAAUGCAGGAGGAACACCCAUGCUGGUGACAGGCAGCUGGGACAAGACCAUCAAAUACUGGGACCUACGGCAACAACAGCCUGCCGCCACCCUCGACGCCAAGGAACGAGUCUACGCUAUGGACAUUCGAAACGAUUCAAUGCUAGUGGUUGGGACAGCGGAACGCCAAAUCCACGUCAUCAACCUCUCGAACCCAACGGCAUUCUUCAAGACCAUGCAGAGCCCGCUGAAGUGGCAGACAAGGACGGUCAGCACCUUCAUCGACGGUUCUGGGUUCGCAGUGGGCUCUAUCGAAGGACGAUGUGCCAUUCAAUACGUCGACGAGAAAGACUCUUCCAGCAAUUUCUCCUUCAAGUGCCACCGUCAGACCCCACCCGACAACCGCAAUAUCUCGAACGUUUACGCCGUCAACGCGAUCUCGUUCCACCCUCAACACGGCACCUUCUCCACCGCCGGCAGUGAUGGCACAUUCCACUUCUGGGAUAAGGACGCCAAACACCGCCUGAAAGGUUACCCCGAAGUCGGCGGCACCAUUUCCGCCACAGAGUUCAACCGAUCCGGAAACAUCUUCGCCUACGCCGUCUCAUACGAUUGGAGCAAAGGCUACCAAUUCAACACACCGCAAACCCCGAACAAGAUCAUGCUCCAUCCGGUCGUCGGGGAUGAGUGUAAGCCUCGCCCAAAGACUACGAAGCGGUAGUCUACUUCUCUGCGUUUUUGCCUCACUGCGUUUGCUUUACGACACGAGCCCGAACCCAAGCACAAGUACUGCCCGAGCACCUUGAUCGAGAACCCCGAUGCACACAUGCACGCACGCUUCUUGCACAUAUCUGGUUUCCCACGUGCUCUACGCGCAGAUCGGGUCAACGCAAGGCUAACGGGAAUUCGUUGUUCCAAAGGCAACAAGUACCAGAAGAAGUAACAGUACGCAUUUCGCGAGGCCAGACACUUCAGACGGAGCAGGCGAGCGUAUGGAAUCAGAAGACCGAUUUGGGAAAAUUAUCAGCGCGGCGUUCUGGGGCGUUUUAAUGAUGGCCAUGCGUAGAGCUGGGGGUACGUGUCGAGAAUUGUAACAUCACGAGAAGAAGAAUUGAGCAUGGGCGACGAUAGAGCGUCGAGGACCAGAGGAAGAAGUAGAUACCACUACCACCGCCGCAAAUGCAAAUGCAAGGUCGUAUGAUGAGCGUGCUCUUCUCCC